AUGGAGCAAGGCGCUGAGAAUCAGGGGCGAGGGGCUUCCAAGGAUUUGGAGCGCGGACCAGAUGUGCUUCCACGCCAUUCAAAUGUGUCGGCUGGCGAUGGCAUGGGUAUUGGGUCGGCCAUUUCAUCUUCCAACUCAUCGAUUAUGGGAGAGGAGCUGCCGCCAGAUUUGGGCGAAGAAUGGGGUCCGCAACACCCCUGCUUCCCCCAUAUGAAUCCUCACGUUCCUCUCGACUCGCCAGAGUACCACAACACCCGAAUCAUUCGCAUACGCCGAGACUGGUUGAUUGAGGGAGACUUGGCCCCGACGUUUUCCAACUUGUAUCCUGAAAUCUUGGAUCCGGCCGGCUUGUCAGAACAAGAGUUCCGAAGGAUCAUCGACAAGCUCAACGGCGAACUCAUUCCUAUAUUCAGCCCGUACAACUGGAGAAAUGUGGUCGAUAGCAUGCUCGGACUCGUCACGGGUUGGUUGUGGGAUGAUUUGGGGUUGACGGGUGUCAAAGCUCGGCUGAAGCGCCUGGAACGCUGGAUUGACCAGUGGAACAACGAGAUGGAAAAGACAAUCGGCAAUGAAGACAGUUCAAUGGCCCCACGAAUCAUUUCACUAAGAAAGACGGGGUACAUGACACUCGACAUACAAAUCCCAGAUCCGGAAAUUGCACCUGCUCCUAGCACACCUGGCGGUUCAAGGUCUGGAAGCCUGCCAAUGGAGCCUGCAACCGCCGUAAUGGCAUCAUAA